CGUACCCCGCCCUCAUCCACGCCCCCCCCCCGCUCCUCACUCGGCUCCCGCACGAGAGAGCAGAGGCGACUCCGCGCUUCUACUGCUGCUGCUGCCCAUCCACUCUGACCAUCUCUCUUCUCAUCACCGGUCGCCAGAGUGCCUGCCCGUCCGCCGGCCCCAGCAAGGAAGAUGACGCUGCUGCUGUGGGCUCCACUCGCCCUGUGCUGUGCCCUGCUGGCCGGAACGCGCACCUCUGCCCAACGAGCUCUUCCAGCAGAGCCGCUUGUCUGCAACGUGAGCCUUUACCUGGCACUGGACACGUCUGAGAGCGUGGCACUGCAGUACCUGCCCUCAGGCAGCCUUGUUGAUCAUCUCAAGACAUUUGGCGUGGAGCUGGUGAAGCGUCUUCCUGAAAGAUCGUCUACCUUUGGCUAUAAAUUCGCUUGGCAGCUGGGCGGUUUGCACUUCUCUGAUAUAGUGCUGGAGUUUAGUCCCAUCACGGCAAACAAAAAUGUCUUCCAGAAGAAUAUCAAUGCAAUCAAUUACAUUGGUCAGGGCACCUUCACAGACUGCGCCAUCAAAAACAUGACCGAGAAGAUUAUGCUCUCUCAGCCGAGGGCACAGUCAAACUUUGCUGUGUUCAUCACAGAUGGUCAUGUCACGGGACAGCCCUGCGGAGGGAUAUCAGAGGCGGCUGAGCAAGCGAAAGAGAAGGGAAUCUCAAUCUUCUCUGUGGCAUCAAGUGUCAAACUUUACAAAUACAAUAUGAAUAUACUGGCCAGCACCCCUCUGAGUGCCUUCCGUAAUGAAUACUUUGCCUCCAGAGACCAGGACCUGGACACAGACUCCAAAGAUCUGCAUGACACGUUUAUUCUUCGAGACAAGACCAUCAACCUCAUCAUAGAAAACAUGAUUAAAAGAGCUGAAGAUACGUGCAGAGGAACUACACCGAAAUGCUUGGAGAUGCCAGGGCCAGGUGGGCCAAAAGGGUUCAAAGGAAGAAAGGGUGAGAAAGGAAACCGCGGGGACUCUGGAAAUCCAGGAGAUGAUGGCGCAAUGGGAGAUCCAGGUAUAGAAGGACCUUUGGGUUUCCCAGGACCCAAGGGUAUGGCUGGAUUAAAAGGAGAGAAGGGAGAAUAUGGGGAAUCUGGAAAGAAAGGAGAAUCCGGACUGCCUGGUCGCAAUGGGCUUGAUGGAGCAAAGGGGAAAACUGGACGGAUUGGCAGCCCUGGCUGUAAGGGUGACAAUGGUGACUUGGGCCCGAAGGGUGGGUUGGGGAAUGCGGGAAUCAGAGGCACUCCAGGCGAUGAGGGUGACAAGGGAGACCCAGGGCGGCAGGGAAGCAGUGGACCCAGGGGCCUGAAUGGCACAGAAGGAGAAAAAGGAGUUCCGGGAUAUCCAGGAAACCCAGGCAGGCCUGGCGCCAGAGGGGUGAAGGGGAAGCCCGGGGCAAAAGGGUCCGCUGGCGACAAGGGAUACAGAGGAGACCUUGGCACAUUUGGACCACCAGGCCCAGAUGGGGGCAAAGGAGAGAAGGGAGAUGCUGGCCCGGAUGGUUCGAGGGGUCUCCCUGGCGAGAGAGGCAAUUCAGGAGAGAUUGGAGACCCUGGCUUCCCAGGAGUGAGGGGUCCCACAGGCGGGAAUGGGACGAAAGGCGAAACAGGCAGUGGUGGCGACCCCGGUGAGCCCGGCCUACGUGGAGGUGUUGGUCCUGAGGGCGUGAAGGGAGACCCUGGGAGGGAUGGUAUCGGCUUCCCUGGCCCAAGGGGCGAGUCUGGUACUCCAGGUGAUUCUGGAACAAAAGGACUUCCGGGCGCAAGAGGGUUUAGUGGACCGAAGGGGCCACCUGGGAUGAAGGGGAUUCCGGGAGAGAAGGGAGAUCCAGGUCCAUCAGGGGAGACUGGCGAUCGAGGUCUUCGUGGACCCAAAGGACCUGUUGGCUUACCAGGCAUGCCAGGAUCACCAGGCACUACGGAGUGUGACGUGAUGACCAUGAUUCGGGAGACGUGUGGAUGCUGUGACUGUGAGAAGACCUGCGGACCGGUCGAUCUGAUAUUUGUGCUGGACAGCUCAGAGAGCAUAGGGCAAUCCAACUUCACCCUUGAGAAGAACUUUGUCAUUAACACUGUGAGCCGCCUGGGAAAUUUAGCCAAAAAUGCCACCGACCCUUCAGGCAUCCGCGUGGGCAUCGUGCAGUACAGUCACGACGGCACAUUCCAGGCCAUCAGCAUGUCUGACCCUGACAUCAACUCCCUGUCCUCGUUUAAAACGGCUGUGAAGAACCUUAAGUGGAUUGCUGGUGGCACAUGGACCCCCUCGGCCCUCAAGUUUGCUUACGAUAAGCUGGUGCACAAUGGGAAAAGAGCUAACGUCAAGGUGUUCGCGAUCGUGAUUACCGACGGGCGGUACGACCCCCGUGACGAUGAGAAUAGGCUCACGUCACUGUGCGGUGCUGGUGUGAGCGUCAACGUGCUGGGCAUUGGAGACAUGUUCCAGGAGAAAGCCAACACAGAGAGUCUCUUGUCCAUUGCCUGCGACAACCCGAGCCAUGUCAAGAACAUCUCCCUGUUUACUGAUCUUUUAGCAGAGGAAUUCCUUUCAGAAACAGAGCACCUCAUCUGUCCUGAUCCUCAAUUUGUGUGCCCCAAGCUUCAAUGUGGUCCAGAGCUGGAUGUGGCCCUGUGCAAUAACCGUCCCGUCGAAGUUCUCUUCAUGGUGGAUGGCUCCGAGCAGACUGGCAUGAACAACUUCAACAAGGCCAAGAAUUUUGUGAGAAGGGUCGCAGAGGUUUUGACUCUCUCACAAGCGACGCCAUUAAUUGACCAGACUCUCUCCUCCGCUUCCACUCCGAGGAUCAGCAAAAGCGAAGGUGCCCGGUUGGGCGUGCUGCAGUACGGCGGCGAAACAGAGCAAUCCGUCAAUCUUGACUUCUCGGCCAACUUCACGGAAAUCGUGGAGAGUCUAGAGAAAGCCAAUUACCUGGAUUCGGCACACUCGUUGAUGCCAGCCAUUGUUAACGCCAUAGAAACCGUCGUGGAGAACACCGCCAACAAGUACAGGGGGGUGCGCAGCAACGCCGAGGUCAACUUCGUAUUUCUGCUGAAUGGAGGGACGUCUCUGGGAGGCACCAAGGAAGAUAUGGAUAAGGCGCUGAAGGCCCUGCGCCAGCGUGACAUCUUCACGACGGUAAUCGCGGUGGGCCCCAACGUGGACCACGCGAGCCUACUGCCGCUCACCUUCAACGAACGCGCCUCCAUCUUCUCAGUGCGCAACUACAACGAGCUUUUUAUGCCGUCCUUCUUCGAGCGCUUCAUCAAGUGGGUGUGCUAGGCCCGUGGUGGCUCGGCCCCUGCCGGGGCUCUCUGCUCCGAGGUUUCCCGUAAGCCACUCACGUUAUAUGUAGAACUGAAUCCAAUGUUUCAGUGAAAGAAAAUUUUCAAAUUUUGAUUGGCGAUGACCCCCCUCCCCACCCCCCACAAGCAUUAGGACGUCUGCAUUUGUUAUUUGCAGCUGUGAAUUACAUGGUGACAAGUUUCCGUGAUUUUUUAUGUUUCAAUUUUAUUUCGUUAUUAGGUUUACAGAAAAACUCGAAAAAGGUAUUGAUAUUGCAAAUACCUGAUAGCAUCAAUCUUAGCUAGUAGUGCGGUAAAACCGAUGUGUUCUCAUGUCUAUGUUAUUUUGUUGUUUGAUGGCUAAUAAUUACUGGAUGACAUACCCAAAAGUGCACAACUAUUACCAUGGCUGAAUACGGCACUGUUGAGUUUUCCGUAAUUUAGAAACAUUAUACUGCAGGUUCAAAUGAUCACAUGGCUUAGCAAAAUAGACUGCACAUUUUUGUUAAACGAAUAAUAUGCACCCGUAUUAUUGUACACUAAUACUUCUCAUUUGAAGUUACAUAUCCCUUUUUCUUCAUAUAUAUUCUUAAAGUAUCAGGUGCUACGUAUGGGGAGGGGGGGUUCCAUCCACUGCAGUUUUUGUAUAACUGUGAGGCAAGUGAAGUCACAAUGCAGAUGUCUCUGACAUCUGAGUCGCCAUUUUAUCCAAUGUCAUUAUUUACCGGAUCAGUCUGUUAAAGUCAUGCUUUGAGCUUCCACCAGAGCUAUAAGUACAAUUGUCACAAUUUAGCCAUUAGGGGAUGAUUGUCUGUUAUGAAAUAAAUAUAGAUCGAUCUGUAUUAAACUCUAACAGUUAACCCGCAAACAUUCACAAUGGCCCUUCACUCACAAAAUCAAAAAUGCAAUGCAACUUUGCUACAGAACAGCCAUGCAAAAUACAACACGUGUAGCUAAUACAUUGGUGUCUACAUUUUAACAGGUGCUACAUUGUUAAGUUUUUUACGUAAAUAUAUUUGCAUUAGUAUGUACAAUUGUUAAGCUCAGUUGCAGGUAUGAGCUAUGUUUUGUUACCAGAGCCUGAAGCCAUAGCAAAUCAUACCGGUUUUUGAAUGAUUAAAGAUAACAGAGAUGUAAUAAAACAUGCAGUAUCUCCACCUCA